AUGACUUGUCAAAUGAAUAGUUUUCAUAACCCCCGAUUUAAAUUACUUCCAUUUGCCACAAUUCAAGAACAAGAAAAAACUAAAAUGCAAGUCUGUAAUGAAUUAUCAUUGCUUGAAACACAAAUAAAUGUUUCGAGUAAUAUUGAAGCA